AUGUCUCUGAAUCUCUUUUCAUCGCCGCUGCUGCGCAGCGUCGCGAGUGCCGUGCCAUCGGCUUGUCGCUGGAGUUCGACGGCGGCCAUGAGCGCCUUCACCUCCCAACGAGCGUCCUCUUCACAAACCCCGAAAGUCCAGCACCGACGCCGGUUACCGAACCGCUUGCGAUUCCUCGAGGACCAGAAGGCACAGGGAGAAAGCCGAGCGCUGGAGAGAUUUCAAACUCGCGAAUGGAAGGCCGGUGAUAUCUACGCUCCACACGAUCUCAGCCCGGCUGAGAUGAAGAAAUGGGGCAAGCGCAAGAGUCCCUCCAGGGAUGCUUUUGAUGCUCUUAACCUGAACCCUUUGGACCUUUACAAGAACUUCUCCGUGAUGUCCGAAUACGUGUCUGCUCUGGGCCGCAUUAGACACCGAGACCAGACUGGCCUGCGACCUGUGAACCAGCGAAAGAUUGCCAAGGCCAUUCGCAGAGCUAUGGGCCUCGGCCUCAUGCCAUCUGUCCACCGACACCCCGAGAUCCUGGCGACGGAACUUCGGGCUAAGCUUGAGGGCCGCAACUUUUAA